ACUCAACACUCUUAAGUAGCAUGCAACAAGACUAUUAUACGGCUCCUUAUGUCGUUGAGGUCGUCUAUAGGUUCAAGAUGUUUUGCUAAUAAUAGCCAAUGGAACACUAAAUGUGGUAGCUUUAAAGUGUUAUAUAAAGGCAGUUCGCAAUCAGAAUUCACCAGCUUCAUCUAAUCACGCUAUUUAACAUACCUUGUUCACUCCGCCCAGAAUGAAAGCUCAAAUCGCUAGCAUCGUUGCAGCCUUAGCUGCUUGCACAGCGGCCGUCCCGGCUACCUCCGGUGCUGUCGCUCAGCCCGAGACGAGAUCCGCUGCCGCCGUCGGCACCUUCGACGGCUCGCAUCUCUGGUUCGACUACAAUAUCGCGAACCCGUUGACUCCUUACCAGUACACAAUUGGUUGGAUCAGCUUCGGAGUGUCUGGUUAUUCAAACAAUAGCCCGUCAUUCUACGUCUCGUGCACUGCAUUAUACGAUGAUAGACAGGAUGUGGCGGACGCCGCUUGGUACAAGUGCAUAGGCUUUCCAUUCGAUGGAAGUGUUGAGGCGCAGUUCCACUUCAACGAAACCGUCAAGACGGUGAACGUCAGGCAGACAUAUACGGAAGCCGGCAAGCCAGGGGUGAAAGUCGGAACGGCUGUCAUUAAAGGUGCCCUUCCGCAGACCUUCUCCCUUCCGUAUACGUUGGUCUAAGGGUUACUUGGCACGGGCUCCGAGAGCUGUUUCGAAGCAUGAUGUAUUACAAUUCUUGGACAUUUUCUUUCUACCUUCUGCCGAUUUGUUGCACAUUGCAGAUGAAGCGGAGUAUAUAUUAGCAUAAGAGUACCAUGAGUUUAACGAUUGCUAGAUGAGAUGGAAAUAUAAUGAAUCUUUGAGCUCG